GUUGGCGUGUUUCUUGACUUUAUUCUUGCUCUCUAUGUUAAACUUGUUGCUUCAUGUACUUAAGAGUUUUGGGAUGCGGAGUAAACAUUGUUAUGACACUUGUCGUGUAAUGAUGCUGCUUCCUAAUGCGAUACAUAGUGACAGUUUUGUUUACCUGAUGCGUUCACGCUUUUAAAUGACGGCAACGUGUAGAGUUUUAAUUCUAAAGAAGUAAAAACGAGAAGAAACGAGAGUUGGAGUGAAGGAUGUGUAUGUGUGCGUUUGCGGGGGAGUUUAGAUGAUUAAGUCUAUCUCAGCACUCAGACUCACAGACGCCAGUUUCAUGAGGGCACGCUGCCUUUGAGAACACACCAGACCCUCCAUUGAUCUGCCUGUCUGUGCCUAUUCGACAUUCAUUCACAUUUCCUUUGAGAUCUUCAAUAUAAUCUCAACAUAAUUGUUUGAUGGGGUGUGUUGAGUUCUGUUUAAAAAGCAGGAAUAUUUUCAAUGAGAGUUAUUUGCUCUGUUUGUUCAAAGAUUGAUGCAGUAGUCUCUUGUUUCAGAUGCAUAUACAGCAUUGAUUUUUAGCGGAUCGUUUUCCGCAUAAAGCUUUGACAGGAAAGGGAGAGGAAGAAUAGGUGAGGUGGGGUGAUAAAGAAUAGAUUACAGUAGGACCUGUUGACUGGAAGAAUGACUCAAAAAUCUCCAUCACAUAAGAAGCUGAGGGGAAUUGUCUACACACGUUAUCACAAUGUAGAAGUCUUUAUGGUCGUUUUGAUUUUUGGUGUGAAACGUGGACUUGCGUUUGCGAGAUUCACCCAAAAUUAUUUAGGCUCUUGUGUUUAUUUUGUUACGGCUAUUUCUGUCCACUAAUAAAAGUCUUGACAUCCGUCUUGGUUUCUUUCACCAGAUAAGAACUCUUUCAUCUGCUGACUCUUUGGCUGAAACAUCAAGGUCGGGAGGUCUUACUUCCAAAUCCCGGCGUUAUUUUGGCUGUCAAGCAAUAAACUGGGACUCUUGUUUUCCAGAGCGGAUGUGAUUUAAAACAGAUCUCUCUUGUGUGCCCCAAGCUUUGUGACAAAUCCAGUGUCGCCCCAUCCCACGAUGCACUCCAGUACAUCCAUCACCUCUCUGUUCUCCUUCACCAGUCCAGCUGUGAAAAGACUAUUGGGAUGGAAACAAGGAGACGAGGAAGAGAAGUGGGCGGAAAAGGCUGUCGAUUCUCUCGUGAAGAAGCUCAAGAAGAAAAAGGGAGCCAUGGAGGACCUGGAAAAGGCGCUGAGCUGUCCCGGCCAGCCCAGCAAGUGUGUUACCAUUCCACGCUCCCUGGACGGAAGGCUCCAGGUGUCCCAUCGGAAAGGUCUGCCGCACGUCAUCUAUUGUAGAGUGUGGCGCUGGCCGGAUCUUCAGUCCCACCAUGAGCUCAAAGCUCUGGACUGUUGCGAGUUUCCAUUUGGCUCCAAACAGAAGGAGAUCUGUAUCAACCCGUAUCAUUACCGGCGUGUGGAGACACCAGUGCUGCCGCCAGUUCUUGUGCCACGUCACAGUGAAUUUAACCCCCAGCACAGUUUGUUGGCGAAGUUCAGGAAUGCCUCCAUACACAACGAACCCAUGAUGCCCCAGAAUGCCACUUUUCCAGAUUCCUUUCCUCCGAAUCCAUGUAGCUCAUUUUCUUCAACCCCUUCCAACUCUUUAAACCAGUCUCCCACAACACACAGCUACCCAAACUCCCCAGGCAGUGGGACAGAACCUGGGAGCCCGUACCAAAUCACAGCAGAGACCCCUCCUCCACCCUAUAGUAUGAUGGAGACACCGUCUACAGAAGACGUGAAACCAGGGGAGCCGGCCAACUCCCAUAAACUCAUUCUGUCUGCCCCACAUAUAGAUUUGAGGCCAGUGUGUUAUGAAGAACCAGAGUAUUGGUGCUCGGUGGCAUAUUACGAACUGAACAAUCGGGUGGGCGAGACGUUCCAUGCCUCCUCCAGAAGUAUGCUCGUGGAUGGCUUCACAGACCCCUCCAACAACAAGAAUCGAUUCUGUCUUGGAUUAUUAUCCAACGUCAACCGAAACUCCACCAUCGAACACACCCGCAGACACAUAGGAAAAGGUGUGCACCUGUAUUAUGUCGGAGGUGAGGUGUACGCGGAGUGUCUCAGUGACAGCAGUAUUUUUGUACAAAGUCGGAACUGUAACUACCAGCAUGGUUUUCAUGCCACCACCGUCUGCAAGAUCCCGAGCGGGUGCAGCCUCAAGAUCUUCAACAACCAGCUGUUUGCGCAGCUGCUGUCACAGUCAGUAAAUCACGGCUUCGAGGUGGUUUAUGAGCUCACCAAGAUGUGCACAAUCAGGAUGAGUUUUGUCAAGGUAAAGACUAUGUGCUGCUUGCAUUUAGAAGGAGCUUUAUUGCCAAGUAUGUUCACACACACAAGGAAUAUGACCUGGCGACAGGAGCUUAGUUCAGAAGGAAGUGUACACAGGGUGCAAACAUAUUGCAAAUAUACAUUAAAAAGUGAAAGAUAUGUAGACAACAAAACGACAUAUAAUUUGAUUAUGUACAGAUGUGUUAUUUAUGGGUUUAACCUAUUUUUUUUUUUACAAUUUACAGUUUCCAGGAGCUAUGUGCUAGCGCUUAGCAAUGCCAUAGCAUCCACACAGAAUUUAGAAAACAUUAGAAAGGGUAUAGCAGUGCAACACUGGCAACCGUCUACUACAAUGUAGCAUUUCAAAGAUGAUUUUUCAAGGAAUUCUGGGAAUAAAUAAUAUAUUUUUUUCAGGGAUGGGGAGCAGAAUAUCACCGUCAGGAUGUCACCAGCACCCCCUGCUGGAUAGAAAUCCACCUACAUGGACCGCUGCAAUGGCUAGACAAGGUUCUGACCCAAAUGGGAUCACCACACAAUCCUAUUUCUUCUGUG